UGUACCAGGGAUAUCAGACGGCAUUUGUGUCGGACAAUGUCAGUCCUUUUUUUGUAUUUGCAACAUGGGUCCUUAUUUCUGUCUGUACAUGUUAGGAGUAACUCUGAUUUCUGGGAGGUUGGUAGUCUGUGAUGUUACAUCGUCACUCUGUGGAGCUUAUUUACCUGGGGAUAUUGUCAUCGGGAUUCUGAGCUCAGUCCACUCUAAGUUCACAACAUUUUAUGCCUCAAAUCGGCCAUACACACCAUGCGCAGACUUUAAUCUAAUAUCUUUUGUACAAUCUUUGGCGAUAAUCCACACCAUUGAAACGAUCAAUAACUCAAGCUUUCUGCCUGGAAUUCAGCUCGGAUAUCUGAUGUGUGAUCCAUGUGCGUGUGCGUCCAAAGCCUUGCAUUGUGUGGAGCAUAUGCUUGCGGUUAAUGGGUCACUUCCCGUUCUCUCUGACUACUCAAACUUCAGUUCACCCGUGAAGGCAUUUUUGGGAGAAAGAUACUCUGAAUUAUCCAUUCCUGUUGCUAAACUGCUCAGUCUCUACAUGAUUCCUCAGAUCAGUUGUACUUCUUCGGCACCCAUACUAAGUGAUAAGUUGCGUUACCCAUCAUUCUUUCGCGUUAUUCCAAGUGAUAUAUACCAGACACAAGCACUGGCAAAGCUCAUGAGGCACUUUUCCUGGGACUGGGUUGGAGUGGUGACCCUAGACGAUGACUACGGCAAUGCAGCACUUGCGAACUUUCUACUGGCUGCAGACAAAGUAAAAGUGUGUGUAGAGUUCCAAGAAGUGUUACCAACCAUUGAUACAUCUGAGCAGAGCAUUAAGAAGGUGGCUGAUCGCAUUCGAUCCUCUAGUGCCAAGGUUGUGCUGCUCAUUUUAAGAAUAAAAGUGGUGGAGAUGCUCUUUAAAGAGAUGAUUAAGACGAGCACUAGUCGUACCUGGAUAGCCAGUGAUGCCUGGUCUACGGCAGGCUCCUUAAUGAAGAUGAAGGACAUAAACAAAGUAGGAGACAUUUUAGGUUUUACAUUUGCCACUGAUGAGAUUCCAGGCUUUAAAGACUAUCUCCAGAACCUGAAGCCAAGUUCAGGAGCAUGGAAUGACUUCAUCAGGGAGUACAAGCAAAUGAGAUUCAACUGCACUGCUGGUCAAAAUUCUGCGAACACAUAUCCAUCUGAUUGCAACCCCCAAGAGAUGAACGAUGACUUCCUGCUCAGUGCUGUGGAUCUCACAGCUACAUAUAAUCAGAGAGUUGCAGUCUACGCCAUAGCUCAUGCCAUCAAGGAAAUUCUGGAAUGUAACAACUCUGUCUGUCCUGGAGAUGCCAAUUUUCCACUAGAGAAGCUAGUGGCCAUUCUUCAUGAGACAAACUUCACCCUGGACAACCAGACAUAUUCUUUUAAUAAUGAUGGUGAUUUUGACAGCGGCUAUGAUCUCAUAAUGUGGAAAAACGCCAGUGAUGUACGAAUACCCAAUGUGGUGGGAAAAUUCCUCAUACUCAAGAACGAUGUGGAAGUCUAUGAGCACAAUAUCCCAUGGUCCAACAACACGGUUCCUUUGUCUAGGUGUUCAGAGACUUGUCCCCCUGGCACAGAGAAGAGUGUGUCAAAUAUUUCCUGUUGCUAUACCUGUACUAAUUGUAUUGAAGGAUACUUUUCUAACACGACAGAUCAAGACACGUGUCAUAAAUGUCCAAACGGUUUUUCUUCUCUCCCGGGUUCAUCAGAAUGUCAGGAGUGGAAGGUCUGGUAUUUGAAGUGGUCUGACCCAUAUUCCAUCGUGGUGAUGAUUGGAACAGGAAUCGGCAUACUGCUACUGAUAUUCUCAUUCGUCUUUUUCAUUUUACACAGAGACAAUCCCAUCAUCAAAGACACUUUAAUAUAUUCUUGUAUUAUGAAUUUUGGGCUUAUUGUGAGUUUUGGAGGUGUCAUCAUUUUUUUAGGCAGACCAUGCAUUCAUCACUGCAUGGCACAACAGGCCAUGUACGGUCUCGGAUUCACGCUGUGUGUGUCCUGCAUUCUCACGAAGGCUUUUCGCACCUUUAUUGCCUGUGUGGCCUACGAUCCACACACACAGCACAAGUUGCAAAAGAUAGAUAAGCCAUUUGUCAUCAUAGGCCUCCUCACUGCUAUACAGGGUCUCAUUUGCAUCUUCUGGUUUGCAUUUGAUCAGCCGGGCGUUGAGGAGACAGAAUCAAAAACUCAGCAACUUACCAUGAACCAUCUGUGUACCCAAGGUGCAUCCAUGGUCAGUUUUGGAGUGAUGCAUGUAUACAUCGCAGUUCUAGCUGUGGUGUGUUUCCUGUUGGCCUUCAAAGGCAGAGAUCAUGAGACCGAGCCUAUCGUCUUCAGCAUGCUCAUCCAUCUGUUUGCUUGGCUUUGCUUUAUUCCAGUCUUUAUCACGCAGCAUGAACUGCGGCCCAUUAUCCAGAUCUCAGCCAUCAUGGUCUCCAAUUAUGGAGUCAUCUUCUGCCACUUCACCCCAAAAUGGUUUAAGAUUAUCUCAGAAAAACUGGAACACAAAAAUGCAUUAAAGGUCACAGGCAGCCAGUCAACAGAAACAGUUUCGCAUUCAGAUAUAAGUUCUGUUUACUUAGGAAGCUCAGUGGAUUCCUUACCAUUGCCAAGCCCAACGUCUCCAACCAUACCAGGCACUAAAGGGGUUGAAAUAUCUGGCUGGGAUAAUGGACUAAACAUAGUUGACUCAGAUGACUCAAUAACAAUACCAAGGACAACGUCACCAGAACAGCUCAUUGUUGGAGAUGAUGAAAUGUUAGAUGUGUAUAAUGUACUGAAUACAGAAAGCUCAGAGGACACAAUACCAAGCACAAGAUCAACACGAUCAAGUACUAGAGACAGUGACAUGUCCUGUUGGGAUAACGGACUAAACAUAGGUGACUCAGAUGACUCAAUAGCAAUACCAAGGACAACAUCACCAGAACUGUUCACUAUUGCAGAUGAUGCAAACAGCUCAGAAGAUACUGCAAAUACAACAAUAACAAAUACAGCAAAAUUCAUUAAUGCAGACUCUGAAAUGCCAAUCUGGUAUCACAGACAGAAUAUUGUUUCCAUUAGACGUCGGCGAACAAGGAGUUUCUAACCCACUACAACGAAUGAUGGACUUGUUCAACAAAUCAGUUAUGCAUAUGCAAAAGGGCAGUGAGACAAAAAUAAUCUAAUCCUGCAUUUCAUCAAAGGCAUUUUCUACUUUAAACGGAAAAUCCACCAUUAAUAAUUUGCAUAUUAAUGGGUUCCUAUUGGGUUGCAAUUAAACCCUAAUGGGUUGCAAUUAAUACGGGUUCCUACAUCACCCACAAUGCUGUUUGACUACCUGCUGAUAGUGGUGCGGUGGGAUUUACACUCUCUACCUACAGAAAGAGACAUAACAAUGCUUUCAUCCUUUCAGGUUGAUUUAUACCUAUGCAAGCAUGUCAGGGUCUUCUGUGUGGACACUCAUAUAGUGUGAAGCCUUCAUACGUACAUAUAACGCGUCCAUUAGUGAUGCAUGAACCACACCAGAUUUCCUAAAAAAAAAAAAAAAAACAAUUUUUAAUGUAAAAAGUGAAAGCAAAAAAAAAGAACAAAAACAAAUGCCUUAACUUUUUUGAAAUGUUCAGGGGAAAAAGAAACCUUGUAUCAUCACUUAUAAACCAAGUCGAUACUGACUGAAAGCAGUUCUAAAGUGUUUUCACUUUGCCUACAUUGUGUCAUUCUACUGAGUCAGUCUAAACAGAAAAAAGCUGCUUCUUUUUUUUCUUUUUUUUUUUUGUCAGUUUCUGUAUGUAUAAUAUUUUUAAUCAACUACACUUUCAAAAAGUAGCUCUGGAACACAAACACAUCCCCAGCCUGAGGAAGAUGGAGAAUAUUGGAUGUGAUGU